AUGCAUGCUACUGUCGGUAGUAGCAUUCCACCUCCUGCUUCGAACUUGAACCAGCUCAUUUCUAGAGUCACCUCUCUUGGCCUCUUAACUAGAGAGGCUUUAUCUAGUUUGUUCUCUCUUUCUCUGUCCUUUCUAGUGCCUAAAAUAUUGGAUUUGCAAGGUGCACAAACUGCAAAUGGGGCAGAAAUUUGGGCUUGUGAGGAAGGGUGCCUCGACAGUGACUUGGUUAAGGGAAAGAUUGUACUGUGCAAUCGUUUUGAGGGGGUAGCUGAGGCAUAUAAAGCUGGCGCUCUAGGGGCGGUUGUUCUGAAUACUCUUAUAGAUGUUUCAGUUGUUGUCCCCUUACCUGCAUCAGCUAUUGCCGGCCUGGACUUUAUCCUUGUGGAGGAUUAUGUGAAGACCACAAAGAAUCCUCGAGUGCAAUUAUUUAGAAGUGAAGUCGUCAAAGAUUUUACUGCUCCUACAGUUGCUUCGUUCUCUGCUUGUGGGCCUCUGUUAUUAGCCCCAGAGAUCAUGAAGCCAGAUGUUACUGCCCCAGGCGUAGAAAUCUUGGCUGCUUACUCACCAAUUGCGUCACCCUCGAAUGGCCCGUUAUACAAGAGGCAAGCCAAGUAUAGCAUUGUUUCUGGUACCUCCAUGUCUAGCCCUCAUGUUGCUGGUGUAGCUUCUUACGUUAAGUCAUUUCACCCAGAUUGGUCUCCUUCAGCAAUCAAAUCUGCUAUCAUGACCACCGCCUGGCCCAUGAAUACCAGCACAAAUAAAGCAGGAGAAAUUUCUUAUGGUUCCGGGCAUAUCAACCCAGUAAAAGCCAUUGACCCUGGACUUGUUUAUGAUGCUCAUAAGGAAGAUUAUAUUACACUGCUUUGUGGCCUUGGCUUUGAUUCAAAUGCAGUUCAAGUCAUUUCAGGAGACAAUAGCACUUGUCCUAAUGCCAAAACUUUUCCUUUCAGCUUCAACUACCCAGCGAUGACUGUUCUUACUUCACCGAUGACAUCUUUUCUGUAUAAAUUUCAUCGAACCGUUACAAACGUGGGAUUUUCGAACUCCACUUACAGAGCGAAAAUCAUACCGAGCCCCAACAUUACAGUCCAAGUGCAGCCCACAAUUCUUUCCUUCAAGUCUUUACACGAGAAGAAAUCAUUUGUUGUGACUGUCAACGGUGCAGGCUUGCCAGAUAUGUCAUUUAAGGCAUCGGCAUCCGCAUGGCUUUUGUGGUCUGAUGGAACUCACAGUGUGCGUAGUCCAGUUUUUGUAUUACCAGUAAACACUGAAGACUGA